CCUGGAAUUAUUUGCCGUCUCUAUGGCAACCCGGUAGGUGCUGCGGGAAGAUGGAGACCACCGAGUCUACCAAGGGAUCCCGGACUCGAUCUUUGGACGUGCAGCCUGGAGCUGGAGGGCUCAGGUCUUCUUCAGAACCGUUUCCUUUGGAUGGCCGUCCUAGGUCGGUCCUGGCAGCUGCAACUACUGCAGCUGCAGCUGCCUCCACUGCCAAAACCAAUGCGUUAUCUACGAAGACCCGAGUCCGCUACUCUGAGCCGAGCGUUCUCAUUGACCGCUCCUCUGACAGUCUUCCUGGGGAGCCCUGCACUGGAACCAGCUUUACCCACAAGAUAGAUCAGAGGAGACUUGGCCUUGAGCCUGUCUAUGCUUCCCGUUUCACCCAGGAUCCCUGUACUACAAAUGACUGUAGCUCUAGUCCUGGCCCUGUUACUGGCUCCAGUUCUGGUCCUGGCCAUGGCUCUGGCCCUGGCUGUGACUCUGGUCAAGGGACUGGUUCUGAUUCUGGCCCUGGUCCUGCCACUGAAUCUGGACCUAAUCCAGACCGUGGCCAUGACCCUCAGCUCAGCCUCUGCAGUCUCCCAAGCUUCAGAAACCUUGGGGCAGAGCUGGUCCCUAAUUAUUCCUGCUGGAAUCACUACUGCUGUUGGGAACCUCAGAAACAACCCUGGAAAAGUUUGCAAGUCCCAGAACCUGGUGCACGAGGGCAAUGGAAGACCCCCCAAUUUGAAGAGAAGUGUAUGGUUCUCAAAGAAACAUUGCCACGGGGACACUGCCUUCUCUACAACUGGGAGGAGGAGAGAGCCACCAAUCACCUGGAUCAAGUCCCAAGCAUGCAAGAUGGCUCUGAGAGUUUCUUCUUCCGACAUGGACACCAGGGACUGCUGACCCUACAGCAACAGUCACCCAUGUCCUUCAGCACCACCCAAAAAGACUCGUACCAGCCCCCACGAAACUACUAUCAACCAAUUCGAGGAAAGCGGGAAGCCAUGCUGGAGAUGCUCCUGCACCAUCAGAUCUGUAAAGAGGUGCAGGCAGAGCAGGAACCCACAGGGAAGCACUCUGAGGUCGAGUCCGUGACACACCAUGACUACCGAAAGGAGCUGGUACACGCCGGGCCUCCUGCCCCAACCAAGCCUCAUGACUACCGUCAGGAGCAGCCUGAAACCUUUUGGAUACAGAGGGCACCGCAGCUACCGGGUGUCAGUAACAUCAAGACACUGGACACACCAUUCCGGAAGAACUGCAGUUUCUCAACACCAGUGCCUUUGUCUCUGGGGCAGCCUUUGCCCUAUGAACCUGAGAAUUCUUCCCACCAACUGGGAGAAAUAUCCUCCCUUGCCUGUCAGGGAGCACACGGUGGGGAAAUGGGUAGAACUACUAUUUAAGAGUUGAGGCGGGAAGAGGGGUGUGGAAUAUAGAAUCCAUUUCUGUCUGUACUGGCGAGGUGGGAAGGAAGGUGAUUCUGUCUGUACUUGGUGAAGGGGCUUUCCAUAAAGAGUUCUCUCUCACCCUGA